AUGUCGUUACUUGCGAAGCAGUCAUUCCCCAGACGGUGGUCGAGGACUAUCGCGACGGUUGAGUACGACCCUAUGUGUGAUAAGGAGAACCCACAAAAAAUAUCAUUUGAAGAUGUAUCGGCAGCUGCUUACCGAAUCCAGAGUGAGAUUGUAAAAACGCCAUGCGUGAAAUCUCAUAUGUCAGCUACAUUUGGAAUGAAGAUUUACCUCAAAAAUGAUUUCCUACAACAUACAGGAAGUUUUAAAGAACGUGGGGCACGAAACGCGUUGCUGCUUCUUUCAAAUGAGAACAAAGCUAGAGGUGUGAUCUCUGCAUCUCUUGGUAACCACUCACAAGCUCUUAGUUACCACGCACAACUCUUGAAAAUUCCUACAACCGUCGUGAUGCCCAACGUCGCGCCCAUCAUGAAGAUAGAAAAGUGUCGCUCCUACGGCGCCAACGUCAUAGUGUAUGGCCAUGACAUGAAGGAGGCAAAACAUCAUGCAAUGUCCCUUGGAAAGGAGCGGGGACUUACUUAUAUUAAUGGGUACGACCAUCCACACAUAAUGGCAGGUCAGGGCACAGUGGGAUUGGAGAUUAUGGAACAGGUUCGUGAUGUAGAUGCAGUAUUGGUACCAGUUGGGGGCGGUGGACUGCUCGCUGGAGUUGCUACUGCCAUCAAACAUCUCAAGCCACAUGUGCUUAUUUACGGUGUUGAGACCGAAAAGUGUCCAAGUAUGAAACAGGCAAUGAACAGCGAGGAACCAGUGUGUGUGCAGAUCAGAUCCACACUGGCCGACGGUCUAGCUGUACCCACUGUUGGCUACAACGCGUUCGCCACCGUCAAAAAUAUGGUUGACAAAUUGAUAACUGUGAACGAGGACUGGAUCGCUCGUGCGAUUCUGCGCUUGAUUGAGCAGGAGAAGUACGUUGUGGAAGGCGGCGGAGCCGUGUGUGUUGCAGCCAUCAUGGCUGGCCUGGUUCCAGAACUCGUGGGCAAGAAGGUGGUAUGUAUUCUAUCCGGUGGUAACAUCGAUACUACAAUACUGGGACGGUGUCUGGAACGAGGUCUCGCCGCAGAGCAGCGUCUCGUGAAGUUUAAGGUCACUGUCAGUGACCGGCCUGGAGGGAUCGCGGAGUUGUGCAAGCUCAUUUCCUCUGCCGGAGUCUCAAUCAAGGAUAUUAUUCAAGAGCGUGCCUGGGUGCACGGGGAUAUUUUCAGUGUUCGAGUAAAGGUGGUAUGUGAAACUCGUGGGCCUGAACACUUGGAAGAACUCCGCACUUUGAUUGCGAGCGCAUACCGCGAGUGGGAUUUUGCUGGCGAAUACGACGCCUUUACCCGGAGGAAUAGCACGGAAUCUCUAGACGAAGUGUCACAUUAG